CAUCGUGUCCAAGAUGGAUGCGCCCAGGUUAUUGUUUGUAAAUUUGACAGUUUUAUUAAUUUUGAUGCAUUUUGGUGUCAUUUCUCUAUGUCAUGCUUCAGUCUCACGCACAUCUUUUGAAGAAAACAUGCUUACACCAACGGAUGUGUUACAACUUUCAAAACAAUUCUGUAUUGUGACAUUAGCUCGCACACACGCAGAAUCAGGGUCCCCAGAACUACAGGAACUUGAGCCAGAGCAGGAGUUUCUGUUUCAAAUGUUAAUUGAGCUGGGUCAAGCCUAUCAAACAGAUAGCAAUGUUGUCCUGGGGUUUAUUUCUUUGGAAACAUUUGUUUGGCCAUCAGGAAAUCAUUUGAGAUUUGUAGAUUCUGAUGUGCAGACAACUGACUUACAGGAUGUAAACCUCAUCAUCUUUCCCAGACAGGUGCAGGACAGAACUUGCCUUUCUAACACAGGCAUGAACACCAAAGAACCAAAGGCAGAACUGUAUAGAGGUUUAUCAAAUGUAAAUGUCAUUGUUGAAUAUGUCAACACAAAAUGUGGCUCCUAUCAAAAAGCCAAUGGAGGAAUAACCAUAGAAGGCUUGCAUCGCAAAGAAGUCCUCAGCACACUUUAUUAUGUUGGACAUCAUGAUGAAGAAGCUUUAGAUAUGAAGACAUUACAUUCCAAAAAUGUUAAAACAAGCCAUAAUCAAAACUGUGAUAAAGAAACAUGUUCAAUUGAACAUUCUAAAGGCAACUUGUUUUCAAAAGGUUUUAGCCGUUACACGAAUCAAAAUGAUAUUUUUAAAAAUGUUGAUCUAGGAAUGGCAAAAUGUGACAGAAUCAACAUGCCAACAAAGGAAGAGUUCUUUCAUAGCUAUCUCAAAUCAUCAAAACCCGUUGUCAUCAAAAAUGCCCUUCAUGAAUGGCCAGCAAUGAAGAAAUGGACCAAUGAAUACUUCAUGAAAAACUAUGGCAACCAAAAGGUACAUAUAAAAUUGACACCAUUGGGUGAGUUUGAAGGGGUUGAUUUAGCUUCAAACUUUGAAAAUUAUGGUCACUUUGAAAUCCCUCAAUAUAUUACAGACCAACUUCUCUUCCCAGACUUAGUUGUGGUACGACCAGCUACAAGGAAUAUGAAAUUUUCUGAAUUUCUGGAACUGGUAUCAACAGUUGCAAAUGGGACAAAAAAGAAUUGUUCAGCGUAUCUCGAAUAUUCAUCUAUAUCAGACAUAAAAGCGGAUUUGGAGAAUGACAUUGUAGAGUUGCCUCUCCUUAAAGACAUGCUGGCAUUGAAGCAUCUCAAUAUUUGGCUAAGUGAUGGUGACACACUGGGAAAACUUCAUUUUGAUCCAUUCGACAACUUUUUAUGUCAGAUAAGUGGCAGAAAACAAGUUAUCUUAUUUGAGCCGCAUGACAAUAGAAGACUUUAUGAAGCUCACAUUCCUGAAGCAGUCCUUGGUUAUGAUUCAGACACAAACACAUUCAGGAAAGAGGCCUUAGUUGACAGCACAUCUAUGGUCAUGUCACCAGUAGACAUCACAAACCCUGACUUUGAGCGGUUUCCACUUUUUGAGACUGUGCGACCUUUGAACUGCACGAUAGAUGAAGGAGACGUCCUGUUUAUGCCUGCCUUUUGGUGGCAUGAGGUCCAAUCCUUCCCCAGCCAACAACAGAGACGCAACCUGGCUGUCAACUUUUGGUACGAUCCAUUUCUUGUAAAAGAGUUCCCAUGCCAGGAAUGCCAGUUGGACAUUAACCCAAAAUACAGACAUCUGUUAUAAAUUUGCUCAAUACAUGGACUGUGCAUUUUACUUUUUUAUUGACUGAUUGUUUAUUAACCUUUAGUUUAUUGUUCUUUUGAAUGGUCUGUACCGAUUCUCUUGGAAUCCUGUAAUAACAUAAAGUGUUAAAAUUUCCAUUUUGUAACAUUUUAUGUGUUAUAAAACAUAUUGUUUAUAGUCUUUUCAGUAAAGUGUAAUUUGUAACUGUAACUCAUUCACAAACAUUCCAGAUACAUGUACAUGUCUGAAUAUAAAAGACAGAUGAUCUUAAGUAAUGUAACCUUUUUUUAUUAAAAUCUACAUUUUAAAAGCUAUGGUAUGGUUAAAAUCCACCCUUGUAAAUCAUACAGUUAAAUGUUUUUUUGAAAAAGAACCAUUAUGAGCUUAGAGGUAAACAAUAAAAUCACCAUGGUAACGCAUUACCGGCAUAGUCCAAUUGGGUUGCGUGGUAAUACAGGAAUCAAGUUGAUUCUGCAUAAAACAAUUAAUUGUACACUGAUCAGAACAUGCUUAAAAGUAAGGGUUUGUAUUUCAAAUUUUAUUGAAAUUGGUUAAAAAAUGAAAAAGUUGUAGUAAUACUGCGAAUAUUGAUCGGAAAUCGAAGUGAAAUCCAGUUUUGGAGAAGUGAAAUCCACUCAUAACUCGUCUUUUUUAACAGUUAUUUUUUUAUUGAACAUACAUGUAUAUUGGAAUAUGCUUUAUAAAGGAUUCAUAUUUCAAAUAUUUGAAAAUGUUAUACAUGUAGAAAUAUUUUGAAAAAAUGUACAUAAAUCGUGGUGAAAUCCAAAUGUGGAGAAGUGAAGUCCACUAAGAACUCCGCUAUGUUCCCAAUUUAAAAGUGCAUAUGAGGUAUUAUUAUCCCCCGCUGAAUUGAAGGUUUCGGGAGGGGGAUAUUGUUUUGGCGUUGCCUGUCCGUCUGUCAUUCCGUCCGUCCAUCCGUCCGGAACCAUAUCUUGGAAGGCAUUGAUUAGAAUAUGUUCAAACUUGGUCAGAAUGUUGCCCUUGAUCAAAUCUCGACCACUUGCAAAAGUGGGUCACAUGGGGUCAAAAACUAGGUAACUAGGUCAAAUCUUAGAAAAAAAUUAGGAACAAAUUAAAGGGGUAAAAAUAUUCAUUAAACAAAAUGUUUUCCUUGAUGAACUCUUGGACGUAUAUAAAACUGGGUCACAUAUGAUUGACCUAUAGGUCACUAGGUCAAAUCUUAGAAAAAUCUUGUCAGGAACCAUAUCAUGGUUAUGAUUGGUCAGAUUAUGUUUAAACUUGGUCAGGAUGUAACCCUUGAUGAAAUAUGGACCACAUGUAAAAGUGGGUCACAUGGGUCAAAAUUUAGGUCACUAGGUUAAAUCUUAGAAAAGUCUUUGGAAAAAACUAAAGGCAUUAUACAUGGUCAAAAACUCAUGGAAUUAUUCAAAUUGUUUUCCUUGAUGAACUCUUGGAGGUAUAUAAAACUGGGUCACAUAUGAUCAAAAAUUAGGUCACGAGGUCAAAAUCUUAGAAAAAACUUGUCAGGAACCAUAUCAUGUUUAAACUUGGUCAGGAUGUACCCCUUGAUGAAAUAUGGACCGCUUGUAAAAGUGUGUCACAUGGGGUCAAAAACUAGGUCACUAGCUCAAAUAUUAGAAAAAUCUUUGGAACACAUUUGAGGCAUUAUGUAUGGUCUAAUAUUCAUGAAACGUGAUUAGAAUGUUUCCUUGAUGAACUCUUUGACAUGUUUAAAAGUGGGUCACAUGUGAUAAAAAAAAUUAGAAAAUUGGGUCACAUAUGAUAAGAAAUAGGUCACUAGGUCAAAUUUUACAAAAAAUCUUGUCCGAAACCAUUUCAUGGUAGUGAUUGGUCGUUUAUGUUCAUACAUUAUGACUGAACACAUGAUAAUAUUUCUAAACAAACUCAUAUCCAACGUUCAUAACGGUCCAUUUCUCUGCUGCCAUAUUACAUGUAAAAGUAGGAAUAUUCCAACUACUUUUCAUUUUCAAUCAAUGAGCUUUGCCUAAUCAGGCGGGGGAUAUCAAUUCAACGAAUUUGCUUGUUAUUACUAUGAGGUUAAAUCGUCUAGUUGUGUAUUCAUAAUUGUUUAAAAAAUGAAGAAAAACAAAAUCCAUACACAUCCAGGCCAUAUCACGUGGAGGGUUAAUAAAUAACCCGAAAAGUGUUUAGUAUUACUUGUUUAUGUCUUAACUUUAUUUAUAUGGUUAUUUUACAUGUACAUUAGUUGGUAUACGUAAUUAUACAGUUUUUAAAAUAAAAAAAUAUGCAAGCACAACAUGAUUAACCAAUUUAAAUCAUUUGUAAGUGUGACUUUGUUUAACUUGAUUUACAAUAAUGAGAUAUAAUGAAAAGGUGUAUCCACAACAUGAAUGAAAACAACAAAAAUGGUAUUUCGUGAGUAUGUGCACUGCCACGUGUACGUGCUGGGCUUCUGUGGGUUUAGGGUCCUGU